UGUAACGUUUUUUUAAACAGAAGAGGCACAAUACCUUCCUUCAGGGCCACCUCGACUCCGCCGCCGCCGCCGCCGCCGCAAACCAUAAAAAACCCCCUCCAAGUCUCCAACCCCACCUCUCCGCCGGCGAAACCGGGGCGGGCGGCGGCGGCCAUUAUGGGGGAGUACGCAGCGGUGAAGACAUCGGUGUGGUGGGACAUCGAGAACUGCCAGGUCCCCCGCGGCUGCGACCCCCACCUCAUCGCCCAGAACAUGAGUUCCGCCCUCGCCGCCGCCGGCUACACCGGCCCCAUCGCCAUCUCCGCCUACGGAGACACCAACUGCGUCCCAAACCACGUCCAGCGCGCCCUCUCCAGCACCGGCAUCGCCCUCAACCACGUCCCCGCAGGCAUUAAAGAUGCAAGUGAUAAGAAGAUCUUAGUUGACAUGUUAAUCUGGGCUAUUGACAACCCUCCACCAGCAAAUUAUUUGCUAAUAUCAGGUGACCGGGACUUCUCGAAUGCCCUUCAUAAGCUAGUAAUGAGACGGUACAAUAUUCUACUAGCACAACCUCCAAAUGUGUCUCAAGCGCUUACUGCUGCUGCAAAACAUGUUUGGCUAUGGAAAAGCCUUGUGGCUGGGGAACCACCAUUGACAGAGUCACCAUACAUAAGUAGCAUAGCAAAUGGCAGUGUGGAUCAUUCUGAUGCAUUGAAGAACAUGCUUUCAGAUUCUUCAGAUGCUACUCCACACAACAGUACACAAGUGCCAAAUAGCAUUCCGUUUGAUCAGCAAAAAGGCAGUAACGGAAAGGGAGAAAAACAAUAUAAAGUGAGGCAACCUCGGAAAAACCAGUCAGACAAUGUAUCUAAACCAACAAGGACUGAGGAAAACUCAGUCGGUGGAGUAUCUGAUAGUUCUAAAGGAAGCAUCGCUAACCAGCCAAAUCAAUCUCACAUGCCAUCAUCAUCAUCAUCAUCAUCAUCAUCAUCAUUACCGAGUUCUGAUUCGCAAGAUGGGACACAGGUGGAUCAGCUGAAUACACCAAAAAUUCAACCGUUUUCCCUGUCCAAAAAGCCUGUAAAAUCUGCUCUUUCCCAUCAAAAGAGUGCUCCUCAUGACUUUUAUCAUGGCAAGAAGCCUGGUGUGUCAACCGAGUCUUCGUCUAAAAAUGGCGCUUCUGAUGCGAAUAGCCAUGGUCAUCCAAAGCAUCAGAAACCUCAAUCCUCUCAGCAACCAAGACCAAAAAAUCCAGUGAAUCAUCGUCCUCAUGGUGGAUCUGGCAAUUUUCAAUCAUCAAAUUCACAUAGAAGCAACUCAUGUCCAGCACCAGCCGGGCAUAAUGGUAUUCCUACUGCACCAUUGCAAUCCUGGCCAGGCGGCCCACCUUAUGGACCACCAAUCAAUUAUCCUGAUAUGAGUCGGAUGAAUAUUUCUGAAUUCCCUAUAGGAACUCAUAAUAACCAAGGUUUGAAUGUCAAUUACCAUUCAAUCAAUCCUGGUGCCCCACAUAUGGUUCAGCCUGGUUACAGUGAUUAUAGUUACAGACCUCCAACCCAGCCUAACAUUCCUAGCAAUAUGCAAAAUACUGGAUAUUUGGGAGCUAAUCCGGGGUGUCCACAGCCAUCGUCGGAUCCUCAAGGUCUUGUUAGAUAUAUCUUAGGUGCUUUGGAAGUAUUGAAGACUGAGAAGAUUCCCCCAACAGAACAAAAUAUAGCAGAUUGUAUACAUUAUGGGGAUGCUAAUCUACCAAAUUUUGAUGUCAAGAAUGCUCUUCAGGUUGCUACGCAGCAUCAAGCUGUUGUCAUGAAAAAGUUAGGGAAAAUGUCCUUCUUUCUGGGGAAGAAUGAAAAUCUCUGGAAGUGUGUCAAUAUAAUGGAUGAUAAUGCAAAAUACCCAAAAGAAACUCUAGAUGCUGUUCAUACUUUCAUAUCGUCUGCCCAUGGCUAUUCUGGGAUAAAGAAUUCUCAAUCUAGGUAUCAAGCCGCUACUAUGUUGAAGAAAACAUGCCUGAAACAUCUUGCCCUUGCUGAAGUUCUUCAGGUUCUGAAUAUCAUUAUCAAUACAAAAAAGUGGUUUGUGCCCCAUUCUUCAGGGUGGCAGCCACUGUCCUUUAACAUAAUAGUGGCUGAUGCUACUACAGAUGCUAGUGGGAAAGCAUAGCAUCGGUACAUUUGUCUACUCAUCAAAUGAACACUUUGAGGUUCUGGUGGUUGGUGCAAACUGUGUCUGCAAAAGCUAAGUUACAUCUGCAUUUUGCCAGGUUUAGGGAUAUUAAGUAGUUCUACACAUAUCUUAGCAGGAGUGAAAUAGUAAGUAGUCUUAAGGACUUGUUAUGUCUUAGAGGGAGUCAGUCUGUCAAUACAACAUCUGGCCUGUUAAAAGAACUUGUCGGUUAGCCUGGUUGCGGUUAUUCUUAUGGGUGAUAGUUGCUUUGGUAAGAUGAUUCUUCAAUUGACUAUAAAGCGGUUCGGAAGGACUAUCGCCUUUUGUUCAGGCAGUACAUCGGUGCUUAAUGCUGGUGGUUAUGAUGUGCUCUCUUUGUACCUAGAUGGUUUAUAGAAGGCAUCCUCAAAAUCUGAGUUGAUUUCAAGGAAAUAUUCCAUAGUACUAGCAUGGCUGCUGCUAUGAAGCUACUCAAUGAAGUCUUGAAUUAUCAUAUUGAAGCCCCAUUUUCUGCAUAUACUCACUGCAACAAACAUGGAUAGAUGGAUCAUGUGAAGUUGAGUGAAUCUGGAUGGCUUUGGAUGAUUGAUCCUAUCUGGACUUCUACUUUUGCUGCAUGGCAGCAGAGUCUGAAAUGCAAACAAACUGCAUUCAAGACAGUCAUACUUUUUGCUGCAAGGUUAGAGGUUACCUAUCGGUGGCUUUCUUUGUUGGGGGCAAGGUUUGGAGUAAUGUGAGCUCCUUUCAGCAUCUUUGUUCGCUUCUUCCGACCUUGGGUGGGAUGGAUAUGGACAUAUUGUAAUGCUGACAAUUCACAAAACUGUGGUGCUACUUAUAAAUCUCAUUCUGGUUGCUGAUUCUGCUCAGCGCUUUGGUAGCCAUGUUGCUUGGGAUUUUAAUGGUUGCUCAUUUUGUAAUGCUUUGAUAAUGAAUUAUUGGAGAUGAUACUGCUGUCGCACAUAUCAUCCUUUUCGAGUAAAUAACUCCCUGCAACUCAGAAUCACUACGUUUCUGAGAGAUGA